AUGACCACAGUCUGGUGCACAGUAAAACCAAUACUUUCUUAUCUCAAGACCUGUAGCUGGUGCACAGUAAAACCAAUACUUUCUUAUCUCAAGACCUGUAGCGGGUGCACAGUAAAACCAAUACUUUCUUAUCUCAAGACCUGUAGCUGGUGCACAGUAAAACCAGCACUUUCUUAUCUCGAGACCUGUAGCUGGUGCACAGUAAAACCAGCACUUUCUUAUCUCGAGACCUGUAGCGGGUGCACAGUAAAACCAGCACUUUCUUAUCUCGAGACCUGUAGCGGGUGCACAGUAAAACCAGCACUUUCUUAUCUCGAGACCUGUAGCUGGUGCACAGUAAAACCAAUACUUUCUUAUCUCAAGACUUGUAGCUGGUGCACAGUAAAACCAGCACUUUCUUAUCUCGAGACCUGUAGUGGGUGCACAGUAAAACCAAUACUUUCUUAUCUCAAGACCUGUAGCUGGUGCACAGUAAAACCAAUACUUUCUUAUCUCAAGACCUGUAGCGGGUGCACAGUAAAACCAAUACUUUCUUAUCUCAAGACCUGUAGCUGGUGCACAGUAAAACCAGCACUUUCUUAUCUCGAGACCUGUAGCGGGUGCACAGUAAAACCAGCACUUUCUUAUCUCGAGACCUGUAGCGGGUGCACAGUAAAACCAAUACUUUCUUAUCUCAAGACCUGUAGCUGGUGCACAGUAAAACCAAUACUUUCUUAUCUCAAGAUCUGUAGCGGUGCACAGUAA